AACUUCGGCGAAAGCCCCGUGGCUUCCAGAGGGAGAGAGAGACAGAAGCCAGAGAGGACACGUCGUCUUUGUUUACCUCGCCGCUGUCGCGAUAUGGUAUUGGACGCACCGGUCUGGCGGGUCGAUUUGUCGCUUUAGAUUGAUGUUCGCCACAUAGAAGCAGGAUCAGCUGCAGGAGUGCGACAGCUAGCGAGGCCUCGGCGGUACAUGAAACCGCCGCUGCAGGUGGGUUUUGCAAGCAGGACCAGAUUGUGCCCGAUCGAAGCGUGGGGCGCGGGAGAAAGGGUGCGCGUGGGGUGAGAAAGGGACCAGAGGGUUUCUUCGAUCUGACGUUGGUCCUUGCCGCGGAAGAAGAAGAAGGAAGACGCGCCCGCGGUUUGACAGAGCCUCGCCUCUCGGAUUGGAAGAGGAGGCUUGUCGGCCUGAGGGGCUUGCGCGUACGGCGAUCCGGCGACGUCGAGAGCGCAUCGCCAACUACGCACACCCCCACUCUCUCCUCCCCUCACCCUUCCUCUUUAUCGUCGGCGGCCGAGGCGGGCGAAGAAGACGAGAGUCGUACGUGUAUAAAGGGCAGUCCGGAGAGGAACUUCCUCGGCGUGUUGCCUCUGGCGUUGGUCAUCCGGGAGCAGGCGAGCCGCGUGCCUUCGAGCGUUUCCCAUCCCGCCGCCGGUAGUGAGAGUGUUGGUGGUGCGGCGGCCAAGCGAAGCCAGUUGCGCGCGCGUCGGCGCGUGUGUGUUGCAAGUGGGCGCCGCGUGUCUUCUUCGCCGUCUUCGCUGCUCAUUUGCUCCCGGACAUCGAGCACGCGCGCACGCGCUCCGCGUUGUUUUUCCGUUUUCGCUUCGACGGCUCUCCGAAAAACACACGCACGACGAGCUCGUAACGACCCGAUUGGUGAUCGCCGGCGACAGCCGCGCAUCUCUGCCCUAUGGUUCGGGCCGUGGUUCUACGUUAGUUACUUUCCUUACCCACUUCGUCACGGACACGACCUGUGGUGACCGCCGGAGCAACUCACGGAUACACGGAGGCUUUGCCAUGUUUUCGACACUCAGGCCGAUGGCGUCAAUAGGGGUGGUUCGGCUGCACCAGCUUCUCAUUGCAGCAGCACUGCUAUCGACAGGGUUCUCAGAGACCGUUACGCAGCCCACCCAUGAGGAUCUCCGCCAGAGCAUCAACUCUCCGAUGCCGUACGGCUUCAAGUACGAGGCGUACGGCGACGACGGCGGCGGCCACACGCGCGAGGAGUCGGCCGACGAAAGCGGCCGCGUGGUCGGCUCGUACACCAUCUUCAGCCCGGAGGGCUACCUCAGGCGCGUCUUCUACGAGGCCGACGAGAACGGGUUCCGCGCCCGCGUCGAGACCAACGAACCAGGCACCAAGACGUCCAACCCGGCCGACGUCACCAUCGUGUCCACGGCCUCCGGCGGACCAGUCGGCGGCGGACCAGUCGGGGGUGGACCAGUCGGCGGUGGCGGAACGCGGGACGCACCCCUGCCCGGCGCAGCCACGACGAGGCCCGUCAAGACCACGUCACCGGCUGCCGGGGGCACGACCAACGAAGUGCCUGAAACGACCACCGGCUUGCCUCCCGGAUACGUGCUCCCUGAACGUUACCGACCCAACGCAUCCCGACGGCCCUCAGGCGCCGAACUGCUGACGUCGCGGAUCUUGACCCUAGACCAGCCGGUCGACGGUGAUCAGCUCUACCCGGGACGUCCCGGGUUUGAUUCGGACCCCAACUCCCUGAAUCCGCCACCACCUGGUAUUCACACGGGAUCUCCACCUACUGGAAUUGUGCCCGUAGGUCCCGUACAGGUGACUCGUGUUCCAUCACGACCUGGUGCAGCGCCGGGUCCCAGGCCUCGCCCUCACAUCAACUACGUGCCUUCUAAAGACGCUUUCGGGCAGUUCGACGGUGGCCUUGCACAGAGUGGUGGGCCAUAUCGCCCUUCGUUUGAUGGAUCGUUUAGGAUACCAGCUGGUUCUACCGGCGGCAUAUUUUCACCGUCCCAAGUGGCACCUAAAGCAGGCGUUUCCGGGCCUCAAGAUCUCGGCCCAUCUUCAGGUCAAGGUGGUGGGGUUGAAGACGGUAGCUCGGGGAUCUCGGGUUUCGGCUCGAAGCCGGCUUUCCCCAACGCAGGCACUCCACAAGGUGCGGGACCACAUCAGUUCGGACCCCACAGGCCUACUCCAAACUACCCGGGUGUCUUCCGCGGAGAUUCCGGUACAGGACAGAGUGGGUCAUCCGGGCCAGCCUACCAAGGCGGGGCCGGGCAGCAAUAUCAGCCCCCAACGCUCGGGGCUCCGCUGUUCACGCGAGUCACGCAAGGCUCUGGAAAGUUCCCUGGGCGAGUAGACUAUGGUUCCCAGCCAGGAUUCUCCGGACCUGUUCAACCAGGGGUUCCAGGUGCGCCCGGCGUCUUCGCGAGACCGGCUGAUGGAGGAAGACCGUCUUUUGGCGGUAGAGCGCCCUUCGGAGGUCCACGUUUUGGUCCCGGUGGCAGCUUUUCGAGAGUUCCUGUAAACCAGUUUGAUACCAACGAACCUGGCAAUAAGCGCUUUCAGGGCCCUGCACAGCCAUCGUUUGCAGGUGGUCAAACGGGCAACCAAGGAUCUCAACGUGGAGCAGGAGGUGUCAUUGGAGCUGAUGUUGAUGGCGGAAACAGCGCUGAUUCAAGCAACGAGGAUGGCUUCGCACCAAACGACCCUCGGAGGCCGUUCCUCUUCAGGAACGAAGACCAACGACCGGCGACUCCCUUCGGUACUUCGACUCGUGGUGGCGCUGGCCAGGAAGACGGCGCGUAUGCCAUCCAUGCCGACAACGGAAAAAUUCAGUCAAUCGACUUCCGCCCGGGUAGCAGGCCCUUCCAGCCUGCGGGUCCGGGCAACCGUUUUGAGGGCAACCGGGGCAACGUACCGCGGGGACCUUUCCGGCGGCCGGGAUUCGGAGGAACCCGUCGUGACGACCCAUUCAGACCCUACAAGCCUCCUCCUCUUGAGAGCGGCCACAGGGAGCCCGUCUUCGUGCCACAGAGCUUUUCUGGAUCAGGCAGCCCUACUACUUCAUUUGAUGGCAGGGACCCACAGCGCAUCGAUGGUUUCAAGUCUCCGCAGCAGACCCCAGGCUUCGGCGGGUCGAACUCUCCUGGUGGUUUCUCCGGCAACUACCCGUACCGCAACACAUUUUCUUCCGGUGGUCGGCAGCCUCCAUCCGGACAGCAAGACCGGUAUUCUGGAAUGCCGCAACAGCCUUUCUCUCCAUUCGCACAUGGAAGGCCCGUGCCACCCGUACCCGCUGUAGCCAAUGUGGCCAACAUGCCCAACCCUCGGAACCAUUUCGCUAAUCGGCUGUUCGAUCGCACUCCUGCCGGAACCCGGGGCCGACCGGUUGGACAUCCUCCCGGACUUAACCCUCCGUCUUUAGUUAGCAUGGAAGUCGUCAGUUACGGCCCACAGGGUCCGCAAGUUCACCAAUUCAACGGUAGUGCAUUGCCCGGCACGUUAGCACCUCCGGAAAACCAGCAGUUUGGUGACCCGUUUAGACCGACGGGAUUUCCCGGCAGCCCUCAGAGCAUACCGUUUCUGGCUAACAGGCGUGUGCCUCGGCCCCCGUUGCCAAGCAGAGGUAACGCGAACCGUGUCUUGUACAGUGAAUCGCCCCAGCAGGCGACUUUUCCGAGAAGACUAGGCGCACCAAAGGGCAACGAAGAAGACUUCGGUGGCGCUUUCGAAGGUUUGAUCAGAGACGAGCGUCCAGACCUUUUGGAGCUGAAGCGAAAGCAGAAGCCGUCUGGUUCUGCAUCAUCACAGCCUGGAGGCAACCUUGACUUCCUGGACGAUCUGCUACCGUUUUACGAGAAAGACUUAGACAUUGCGAAUAAAGCUAACGACGCCGCAGAUGGAGUAGACAAAAAACCAGUAAUUCACCAACCGAUAGUGCCGGAGCAUCGAGAUUUACUUUGCGAUGACGAUGACCCAAUAUUCUCGGACCCAAGACAACCAUCUCCUGACGGUCUUGUGAGAAGACCUGAAUGUAUAAAGACGCGCACACAGGAAGGUGGUAGUUCCAGUGAAGGAGCGGAACCUGAUAAAAGAAAGGUUGAAGCGCCAGUGAACGAUGAUGAAGAAUUUUUGAAUUACAGGAAUCCGUUUUCCGGAGUUCUCCCAUCUCCUGACCGUAGCGGUCCAGAAAAGGUUGACAAGGACAGCAAGGAAUUCCAACGCCCAUUCCUAGACAAAGACAAGAAAGUUAUUCCAGUGCUAAUUGAUCAAAAUCGACCUGCUACAGGCGUACUGGAUGGAACCAUCGGAGUCAACAAAAACGGACUUGGCCCUAGUACUGGUGAAUCUGACAUUCCGGAAAGGUCUGCUCCUGAACUCGGUGCUGGCAGCCCCGUUGAAGGAAGACGAGCAUUGGACAACAAUGGAGUCUUUCGAACGGGCUUUGGAGCGUUUCCCGGUUCUUUCAAUGAGCAAUUCGGUCCUCGUGGUCCCAGUCCCGUGCAAGGCUUCGGUGGGCCAGGCACCGGCAAAGGUAGUCCAUUUCCCACGCGACCUCAAGACGGGAACUUCCUGAGGUUUCCAAAUGGUCCGAACCGCGGCAUAAACGAUUUGAGAAAUGCUCAAGACCCUUUCAAUCGAAACUUUGGACAACCCUUUGGACAACAACCUUUCCAACCAACACUGCCGCAGCAAACGCUACGAUUUGGACAAAGAUUGAGUGGUGUGAGAAAUCCAAAUUCCCUCGUUCCUUCUCAACGACCACCGAGAGUACAAACUCGGAUACAGCAACAACCAGAAAGCCGGAUUGUUUUUCCCCCACCACCACUACACCGAAAAGCCGUACUUUCUCCUCCAGAUGGUGCAGACAGCCCCGGGAACUCAUUUAAUGGUCGGGUGCCCUUUAGUUCCCCUCAGAAUCAAGGCGCGUCUCGCAUAGGACAACCAACAGUCGGAUUCGUCCAACCCCGUGCCGGAGGGCUGGGAAAUGUCGGAGCCGCACCGCCACAAUUUGGUUUCGUCGACUCUAGGCGGUUUCAAUUAGGUGCAGGAAAAGGGCCUGGGAAAGACGUCGCCUCGGGAAGGGAGGACGCGGGCCCUGACGUGGCUACCGAGCCGAAGUUUGUAAACGAUAACAGCCCACCGCCAGCAUCGUUCACCUUUUCAGACGCUAAGAAGUCGCCCCUAGUUCCUAGUCGCCCGCCACUGAGCGCUGGAAGAAGAAAAACCAUCAAGGGUUCACCCGACGACGCAGGCAAGCAAGGACAAGGUCAAGUUGAGCCGGAAACGCCUGUGAGUGCACCAGGACCGGAGACCGCUAACCUAUUGCGAAAGCCACUCCUUGAGGGCAAUGCACGCGUCCCCGAGGAACUGGAAAGGAGAGCACCGAAUGCCGUGCCAGGACCUUUUAAUUUCGUAGACAGGCGCAUCCCAUUGGACAUUGCUCGGCAGGGGGUCAUCCAGCGUAGACCAGAGGUUUUCGAUUCAGGGCGUGAGCCCGAUAGUCGACCUGCGCGAGUGGAAGGACUCGCUCUGCAAGGUGUUCCUGUAGACGGCAACUUGAAUAGUGGCCGGCAAAGCGGUUUCCUCGGGGCGCCGAAAGAUAGAACGAGACAGCUUUUGCCGACGAGCCGGCCGACUGGUGUUGCAAAUGGAGCUGACGAAGGCCCAGCGGUCCUAAUCCCUCGAAGGGGUCCUGUGCGUCAGCCAGUUCGGACUACCCAGCCCAUUCUUCUGAAUGUAGAGAGGGUGCCGCUUGGAAGAACUGCCGUCGCUGACCAACUGAUAGCUGACAAGAACCCACAAGAUAUUCAGGCUUUUCAGCAUGGUCCCGAACAGAAACUCGGCCAGGACAUCUCCAGUCAAGAGUUGCUGCGUCGAGGGGUGAAUUCGGCGGGAGUCAGUGAUGAUGGAGGCCGAGAUGAGGACGGCGAGCAGCAGAGGGUGAACCCUUACUCGUUCGGCUACUCUUCGUACGAUGGCCUCGGCAGCAAGAUGUCGCGGCACGAGACGAAAGACGACACGGGGCGCGUCACCGGCUACUACAUCGUGGAGGACGUGGACGGCCGGAAGCGCACCGUGCACUACGUAGCCGACAAGGACGGCUUCCGGGCGACCGUGCACACGAACGAGCAGGGCACUGACAACCAGGACCCCGCGAGCGUCAAGAUGCACGUUGAAAACAGGAUGCCCCACCCUCAGCCAACUCCGGAGUCUCCGUCGCCUGAGAAGACGUCAACGUCGCCAGCGCUAGGCGACAAUGUAGACGUUCCGGUUCUGGACGCGGUGGACCAAAGUGUGAAGAAGAGCUAAUGGUCGCUCGCCACUACUUGGCAGUCGGAGUCCACGCAAUUCGUACAACCCCUUGUUCGCGGGACUACUCCCGUCCUUGCACAGCUGCCAACGCAGUUCUGAGACAGGCGUGUUGCGUCUUUAGCCGGCUUAAGGUCCAACGUAAGGUUUUGGGACAAUGCAACGACGUCCGCAAGGAGACACGCGUUCGCUUAAUGUAAAGACAUGAACCUCGUUCGCCACCAGCGGAAACUAUCAUCGACACGCGUUUCCUGUGCAUUUAAACGGCGUGGAUUGUAGCUUUCAGGCGUGUUAUCGCUUGCAAAGGCAGCACAAAGGAAUAAAAAACACGUCUUGUUUGUUAAGACCUCUUAGACUGUUCGCGUAGACUAGAAACUCGUCGUGACGUCCGAUCUACAUGAAUGUGUUUUUGUCACACGGGGAUGGAGGCGUGAUUUGUAGUUGCAAGGACAUAUGUGAUACGCAGCUAUACGUACGCGAAUAUUUCGGGACAAGCCAUAUUUACCGGUUAGUGCCGCAGAAAAGUACACGGGCGUGUACAUGUGAGAAAUAGCUGAGAUUCCGCUCGAAAAAAUUCUUGAUACAAGAAGUCUUCCACUUGUGUCUCUCAGGUGUUGUCAGACAAGCGAUAGAGGGUAACGUUUAGAGUUGGUAAAUAUGUACUAUUUGCUCGAAGGUAAAUGUAAUCAACCAUAAUAAACACGGUUGCUCACUGCCACUCGUCAUCAACGGUUUUAGGCGCCUUACGUAGUGUUUUCACCAGAACUUACUUGAGUGCUGGAAAUGUUACUGAGCAUCGCAGUCGUGAUGUAGCACCAUCGACGCGGGAAAGUUCUCAAAAGCUCAAGACGAGAGAGUGCGCAGCACGCUUCAAAACAUUGGCUCUCUGCUGGUAUAAUAGUGGCCUAUAGCAGCAGGUCUGGGGGUAUGGGUGCGUGUGAGGGAUGUUUUUGGGCAGCCUUUGUAGCUUCUUUUAAACAUUUUUAUUGUUGUUUUGUUUUCACCAUUUGCACCUUUUGCGUUUUACAAGUUAGAAAACACAAAACUUAAAUAAAACUCGCGUGUGUCAUCUUUUUCAGGGCAUUCACUUCUUUCUUGGUUCAGUGACAUGUCCAUAUGCUGGAUGAGACAACCUUAGUGGUCUUGAGACUACUUCAUUGCAACUCAUGCUAUAAUAAGUUGCUACGAGGCUCUAAAGUGCGUUCGACUGCUUACAAUUAGUUUCUAAUACUAUGCACCGGAAUGACCUAAAUAUCACUGCGUGCGUGAUCUGCGAAGAUGUUAUUGCUGCGUUUGACACCCUUUAUUGUAUGUAUGUGUGUAUGUGUGUGAAACAGUCAUAACGCUUUUACAAUUGAUCUUAGUGAUUACUUAUUCAGACAUGGGAUGAGCAGUAUUAGGCAUAAUAACUGCAAAUAGCUUCAAACAAUGUCAUAUUUUCAUGCUAAUGUCAUGCCUUCUCGCGAGCCUCGGAGUCAUACUCCGCGUACGCUGUCUAGGUUUUGCUCAUCGCUGUAUUUAUAGAUUUAUCAGAAUGGCAUCUGGUUUCCAUUGCUUCAGUCGAUCCAAAACAAAUUUUCGACUCACAGAUCUUUCAUUUAUGAGUAUAUGGCUACACAUUCAGCUCUAUAUUGGCAAGUUUAUGUAUAGUCAUUCAUCGGUGGCAUUCAAGGCUGUCUCAUAUGUGCUGAGAUUGAUGAAGUGAGCUUAUUGCCUUAUUUAUGCCAUCAUUGCAGUGCCUUUUUGUCAUCACGGAAUUCUGCCAUCUAAGCAACUGUCUUUCUUUGUAAGUUUUACAUACGCAAGUUUUUUUUCACUGAGCCACAAAAUAAACACAUGUUUGAAACAUA